CUCCAGGUAGCGGGUAUAAUAAAUUCUGGCCCUAGGUCAUUAUCAACGAUCUAAUGCUAAUUUUUCCCAAAGAAAACUUGUCCCUUGGGCGUACGAUCGGUUCGAAAAAUUUAUAUAGUUAAUCCCGGUUGUUUCGAGAGCUCAUUUGCCCUUCGCGAUCGGCCGUGUCAGUCAGUAGUGUUCCGAGAGUGUCCCGGUGAAUCUUCUGUCCCGUGUUUGAGAAUGUGGAUCAAAAUUCUGCAGCUCCUUCUAGGGGCGGUCGCAAUCUAUGUGCUGUACUUUCGCUGGUCCCGGCGAAAACUUUUCGCCGUGGCCGCCCGGAUGGAAGGUCCGAUGGAUUUGCCGCUGAUUGGCUGCGGGUACCUUUUUCUGGGAAAAUCUAGCCCCAGAGCUAUCGGCGAAACACUGACCAAACUAUUCACCCGCUUCCGGGCGCCAUUUGCCGCCUGGCUCGGACCGUACCUGGUUGUGGUCAUCAACAAACCGGAACACUGCAAGGCACUGCUGAACUCGAACGACAAUCUGGAGAGGGCACAUUUCUAUCGGUUUUUCGAUAUGGAAAACGCAUUGCUGGUGUGUUCAGGAGACAAAUGGCGGCCGAAGCGAAAGGCUCUCAACAUGUCCUUCACACCGGUCAUAGUGAACAAAUUCGUUCCGAUCAUCAACGAAAAAAGUCGCAAAUUGCUCGCAGCCUUGGAUGACUUUGUCGGUGGUCCGGAACGAGACAUCGUGAUGGAGCUGUGCAAGUUUACCCUGGAUAACAUAUUUUCUACAAUACUGCCGUGCCAUUUCGACAUCCGAACCAGUGCCGAGGGCCAAAAUUACCUGGUGAAGGCGCAGUCGUAUUUGCCACUGGUGACGAAAAGAUUUUUCCAUGCCCAUCAUUAUUCGGAUUUCGUGUACAAUCGCUCGAAAGAUGGGGCCAACUUCUACGAGGCUCGAAAUGUAGUCCGAUCGGUGUCUCGCAGUGUUCUACAUACGAAAGCCGCGGAUGAUAAAUUGAAUCCUACCCUGAGUGAGCCACUUCCGGCCGUUGGAACGAAUUCCAAGGCACGUGGUUUCCUGGACAUUCUUUGCUCGCUGGCCAGAGAAGGUUUGCACUCGAUGGAUGGGCAAGCGCUGUUGGAUCAUCUGGAUGAGAUCAUUUACACCGGGUUCGAAACGUCGGCCGUCAACAUUGGCCACAUGCUGCUGAUGCUGGCCAUGCACCAGGACAUUCAGGAGCGAGUCUACCAGGAAGUCAUCACCGUUUGUCCGAACCCUGAGGCCGAUGUAACGCUCGAGGACAUCAACAACCUCGUCUACACCGAAAUGGCCAUCAAGGAAACUCUCCGACUGUUUCCCGUCAUCUCCCUUUUCGGUCGAACACUUUCGGUGGAUCUGAAGAUUGAUGAUGAGUACACACUCCCGAAGGGGACUCAGGUGAUGAUAUCUCUGCAGCAGAUGCACCGGGAUCCGGAAAUUUGGGGUCCCAACAGUAACAGCUUCGAUCCGGACCAUUUCUUGCCGGACCGAGCAGCCGAGCGGCAUCCGUUUGCGUUCUUACCGUUUAGCGCAGGUCCACGCAACUGUAUCGGCUACCGGUACGCCUGGAUGUUGGUGCGCAUCGUGAUGGCCCAUCUGGUGAGGACCUAUCACUUCCGAACGAUGCUACGGAUGGACCAGCUGGAUACGUCGUUUUCGGUGCUGCACAAAAUCUCCAACGGGUGUGUGGUGUCGAUCGAGAGGAGAAAACCGUGUAGCCAACGGUAGCUCGGUCACGUUUAGGGUUUAGGGAUCACUCAUUGUACAUUCCAUGUAUGUAAAUAUUAAACAUUUAGCUCUAA